AACUUGAGAUUUUUUUUCUCAAUCAAAAGCUGCUGAAUGCAGCCUAUUUUAAACCAAUUUAUUCCUCCACCCCCGUAUUGAUAGUUCUUCUUCAUAAAUUGAUUGUUUUGAAGAAAAUGCAUGUAUUGUGAGAAAGGACAUGUUUAACAGAAUACAUUUUUAUAAGAAUCAUCUUUAUAGGCUUAAAUUCUAAGCCCCACGGCAGAGAUUCAGUCUUGCCCUGCAACACCAGAAUUACAAUCCCACCUCAGUCAUUGCAUCCAGAUUUGGUUGUUUUCCAGAAAAAAAAAUGUCUGGAGGAGGGAGAAUUCAGUAAGUCCCACAGUUGAUCCCCCUGAAAAUGUCUUUUACAUAUCUGAGUGCCUCUCAAGUUAAGGUUGGGGGAUGCAAGGAAGUGAGAUGAGGAAAUGCACAGUGAGAAGCAUCCCUUGCCCAAAAUACUUUCAAAUUUUUGUAUCCAAAUGACAAAGAUCAAUGACACAAUGUGCAGAUAACAGAAGGAUGGCAUUGGCCUAUCAUGGCAUAGAGAUGACUGUCCAGAUGGGGAUAGGAACCAUAUACACUGGCAAAUAGCCACAUGGCAGGCACUACUCAGAUUCAUUUCAGACGAGGUGACACUUAGGAUGGUGUCUAUGCAUAUGCAGUAUAUACCAGGCAAGGGGAAAGGUGGGUGUGCUAGCAGUUUAUUGACCAGCUUCUUAUUGUAGUCACAAGUGCUGUGUUGCCUGAUCUUGAUGUUUGCUGAGCUUCUUGCUGUUCUUGUUGUUGCUAUUAAAAAUCAAAUAAAAAUGCUGCACUCUGGUCUGCCAAUUUGAUGAAGGGAUAUGGCUUCAUAGUGAGAUCUGAAAUGAGGUGAAUGAGAGCAUGAAGCAAUGAAAAGGCAAACCCACUGAGAUAUUACAUAACCAAUAUUCAUAAUUAUAAACCUUGUUUUGUUCUGGAAGAGUCUCUUUUGUGUGGUUUGGUUUUAUAUCUAUAAAACCACUGUUAAGGAUGUUGAUGGAGCUCUUUUAUACACAAAAAGACAUAUUCCCAGCAAUAAUACUUUCCACUGACAAUUUUACAGCACUUAAAGACAGUACUGACAGUUAGUUCAUGAGCUGUAUCUGAUGAGAUUGCCUCCUUUUAUAUAUGUAACAUUAAGCCUGGCAACUAUUCUUGUCCUUCCUUCACAGGCCUUGCACUAUGCGCUGAAGAGGGAAAUGUCCAACCAAACCACCGUGACUGAAUUCCUGCUCCUGGGCUUUUCUGAUAUUCGGGAACUCCAGAUCUUACACUUCGUUAUCUUUCUCACAGCGUACUUGGCAGCCCUGAUGGGGAAUCUCCUCAUCAUCACAGUUGUAACUCUUAACUGUGAACUUCAUUCUCCCAUGUUCUUUUUCUUGAUUAAUUUGUCCAUUGUGGACCUUGGCUCCAUCGCAGUGACCAUGCCCAAAUCCUUGUCUAACUCUUUAUUGACCACCAGGUUGAUUACCUACUCUGGAUGUGUUGCUCAAUUUUUUUGUCUCCUCUGCUUCUUGGGAGCAAAUUUAUCCCUUCUCACGGUUAUGGCAUAUGACCGGUACAUUGCCAUCUGCAAGCCACUGCAUUAUGGGAUAAUAAUGAGCAGAAGAGCUUGUGUCCAGAUGGCUGCCAAUGCUUGGACUGCUAGUGUCAUCUACUCUGCACUGCACACUGGGAGCACCUUUAGUCUCCCCUUCUGCCUCUCAAAUACCAUCAACCAGUUCUUCUGUGAAAUACCCCAGCUGCUCAAGCUCUCCUGCUCUGACACACACCGCAGAGAGCUGGCAGCCCUUGCCUUCAGUGUGUUUUUAGCUCUAGGUUGUUUUGUUUUCAUCGUUGUAUCAUAUGUUCAGAUCUUCACUGCAGUGUGGAGAAUCCCCUCUGAGCAGGGCCGGCAGAAAGCCUUCUCCACUUGCAUUCCUCACCUGAUUGUGGUCUCCCUGUUUAUCUUCACUGGUGUCUUUGCCUACAUGAAACCCACCUCCUACUUCCCAUCCUCUCUAGAUCUUCUGACAGCUGUUCUGUAUUCUGUGGUUCCUCCAAUGGUAAAUCCAUUCAUCUAUAGCAUGAGGAACAAGGAGAUCAAAUGUGCUGUGAGAAAACUGCUCCAAAGGCAGAUGCUCUCCAAGAACAGGAUGUCCCUUUCUACUUUGUGUGUUUGGUUUACUACUUUGUUUCUUUAGAUCUAUAAUGAAAUCAUGAAAUUAAGUUUUCAUAAUGUCGUGUGCAUUCUGCUUAUGAAACAUGACACUUCUCAGCUACAUUCAGCAGUGCUAUAAAGUCUGUGUUACUCAACUAGAGCCAUUUUGUGUUAGCAUUGUUGAAGUGCAAGUGAAAAAGUCUGGUGUUUCUUGUGCCACCUCAAAUAAAUCCUUUUAAUUCCAAGAUGA